AUGGGCAUGCUUGAUAGAAGCUAUAGCUUUUUCGUGAAUAAGAAGCGCACUGGAGCCCUUUCGUUUAAAGUGCAAAACAAGGUGGCAAUCGUCACAGGUGACCCACUGUGUGAUCCAGACUUGUUCACGGAGCUCCUCGCCGAAUUCGAGGAGUAUAGGAAAGGGCGCCAUUAUGGUAUUGCAUACCUAGGGGCCAGCGAGAUCUUCGCCCAUUAUGCCAAGCAGCGGAGUUGGACGACUUUAGAAUUUGGCAAAGAGCGGGUUCUCAAUCCGAUGACCAAUGAUGUUUUAUUAGAACGGAGCGGGAAACGGAUCGUUGUACAGAACAAGCAGCUAUUGUGCCGGGAAAAAGGUGGAAUCGCUAUAGGUUUGUAUGUGCCUAGGCGUGGAGAAGAUCCAGAUUUACAGCAGGAGUUGGUAGCGAUUUAUGACGCGUGGAGGCUGAGGCGCAAUCAAACAUCGUCGACACAGGCCUUCAUCACGGUCUAUGAUCCCUUUUCCCUCCCUGACAUGAUGACAUACCUUUACACACGAGGACCAGACGGGGCAGCCAACGGGUUUGCAGCACUUCGGAAAGUUGGUGCCAAUGAAGGAUAUCAUAUCGACCCCUGCAUUGCCGCUCCCGGGGCGCCUAGAGGGAUCAGUGAUUUGCUGGUUUUUGCGGCAAUGGCAUUUUUGAACCACGGAGGUGUUUCAUAUCUCAGUCUAGGAUUCGAGCCUCUGGAUAAUUUGGGUGAGACAACAGGCAUGUCUCGUCCACUUGAAAAUUUCACUCGCGCUCUACACCGCCGCACCUUCCGACGGUUACCCGUCGAAGGAAAGAAAGCAUACCAUGACAAAUUCAGGCCUGAUAAGUCACAAGAAUCAAGUCUGUAUCUGAUAUUUCCCACUGGAGUGCUCAGCCCUCGUGCGGUGGUUGCGAUGGCUCAUAUGGCUAAUAUCAGUAUCCGCAAGAUAGUGCUUGCAGAGGAGAGAUCUUCCCGAAACAAGCAUUCGCAAGCCAAGCAAGACCAGAUCAGGGGAGGUUCUCAAGAAACCCGAGACAGAGGCUAG